AUGGCCCCUCCUAAGACGAUUCCAACCCGCCAGAUAGGCAAGAACGGCCCUCAAGUACCCAGACUUGGAUUUGGGUUGAUGGGAAUGAGUGUCGGAUACGGCACAGUAGGCUCGGAUGACGAGCGCCACGCAGUUCUCGACCGAGCCUGGGAACUCGGAGAAGUUUUCUGGGACACUGCCUAUUGCUACGGUGACAACGAAGAACUUGUGGGCAAAUGGUUCAAGAAACACCCAGAACGACGAAACGAUAUCUUCUUGGCCUCGAAGUGGGCUCUUGAGUAUGAGGAAACGCCCCAGGGACCGGGUGUCAAGGUUGAUAGUUCCCCUGAAGCCUGCCGACGAGGGUGCGAACGGUCGCUUCAACGUCUCAAUGUUGACGUUAUCGAACUAUUCUAUUGCCACCGCUUCGACGAGGUGACCCCUGUGGAAAAAUCGAUAGAGGCCAUGGCCCAGCUCAAGAAGGAAGGCAAAAUCAAGUACCUUGGUUUGUCUGAAUGCACUUCCAACACGCUUCGCCGAGCUCACGCUAUCCACCCGAUCACUGCGGUCGAGAUUGAAUACAGCCCCUGGACGUUGGACAUCGAAAACGAACAGGGCACCAACCUGCUUGCUACCGCUCGAGAGCUAGGAGUCGCCGUCGUGGCAUACUCUCCACUCGGACGCGGAUUCUUGACUGGUCGCUACAGGUCUCCGGAUGACUUCGAACCGACAGACUAUCGACGAAUCGUGCCGAGAUACAGCCCGGAGAACUUCCCCAAGAACUUGGAGCUAGUCAAGAAAUUUGAGGUCUUUGCAAAGAACAAGGGACAUACGCCGAGUCAGUUGGUUCUGGCGUGGAUUUUGGCACAAGGAGAUGAUUUCUUCCCUAUUCCCGGAACCAAGUCGGCUAAGUACUUGGAAGAGAACUUGGGUGCUUUGGACGUCACACUUACUGCCGAGGAGAAUAAACAGGUUAGAGACAUCAUCGGUGGUUUGCAGGUCAUUGGAGGCAGGAACACUCAGCUUGGAAACGUCCCACCUUCGACGCUUCAGGACACUGUUCCCUUGUAAAUUCUACAGAAUUUCUGUAACUUGAUUGAGGAUAGCUAAGUAGUAAAUUAGCGGGCGAGAAGAUGAAUCUAUUUUGCUUUGUGCGGAAUAACCUUCGUAACGAGACUUCUUAAAUCGCGUGGGGUUUGAAUACAUGUUGAUGAAUAGUUACUUUCCAGCUAGUGAAAAAUGAAAGAAUUAUCCGAUCGUUGCAGUUUAUUUCAGG